GUUGCAGUUCCCUUUUGCUCGUCCUUCGACAACUCCUUUUCCCUCUUUAAUUUCCCGUUAAAACACUUUAAAAGAGCAAUCGAUAAAGACUUUACGGAAGGCGUUGGGUUGCAGUUUGUCAUUUAGAAAAUGGCUCAGCGUCUUCUUCUGAGGAGGUUCCUGACCUCAGUCAUCUCCAGGAAGCCCUCUCAGGGUGGGUGUGUCCCCCUCACCUCCAGGACCCUGCUGACCCUGCAGUGUAGUCCUGCUGGCCUGACAGUAACACUCAGCCCAGCCCGGUUGGUAUACACCACCAGAGUCUGUUCAACAACCUUUAACGUCCAGGAUGGACCAGACUUUCAAGACCGAGUUGUCAACAGCCAGACACCAGUUGUUGUGGAUUUCCAUGCCCAGUGGUGCGGCCCCUGCAAGAUCCUAGGGCCAAGACUAGAGAAGAUGGUUGCCAAGCAGCAUGGCAAGGUGGUCAUGGCCAAGGUCGAUAUUGAUGACCACACAGACCUCGCCAUUGAGUAUGAGGUAUCAGCUGUGCCUACUGUGCUGGCUAUCAAGAAUGGGGAUGUGGUGGACAAGUUUGUGGGCAUCAAAGACGAGGACCAGCUGGAGGCCUUCCUGAAGAAGCUGAUCGGCUGACAAGCAGGGAAGAGUCCUGGCCACCCUUGCCCACCUGGGAGCCCAUUCAGGGAGGAGCUCAGUAGAACUCGUAGCCCUCAGCUGCUGCCCUUCCUGCUUUGCCCCUCUGUCCUGCCCCCAUGGGUCCGGGCUUUGGAAACACAGGCAUCAUCAGUGCUUCAGAGCUGACCCUCAACCAGGGUGGCUGGCAGAGGAGCACUGCUGCCAAUCUGGGCGUUCUGUGCACCUCCCACUGUGUGUUCCCUCCAGGGCCUGUCACUGCUCCCCUAGGUGCUGGGGGGAUGCAGUGCAGGCCAGGCUGCAGCCUGACUGUGAGCAGCAGUAGCUAGGUCCCCAUCUCCACAGUCUCUGCAGCUGAACAUCACCACCCUGCCCCCUCAUCUGCCUCUGGCAUUUUCCUCUCCUGCUGUUUGUGAAAAGAAAAAUGUUAAACCAGAAGCCAGACAAGUGAGAGUAAUCUAUAAUUCUCUCAUCUUUUGUAGGUCUAUAAUAAAGAACUUUAUGUGACCCUUCUACCUCCUGCUGUGACGAACAGACCCCGCCCCCCCCAGGCCCUCUGUAGCUCUCCUUUCCCUUGUCCUCGUCUUGGGUUAGCUUGGCCUUGGUCUCUAAGCAGGAGGUGGAACUGUGAAUAAGUCAGACCAAUAAAACCAGGUUUGUACUGCCA